AUGGCAGAGGAAUUUAUGAUGGAUCCGUUGCCGGAGUUGAAGAAGGCAUUUUCCAUAAUCUUUGCAGUCCAACAACAACGCAGUUUGCAGACGCAAAUAGGAGAUAGCAACACCAAUUCAGCAUAUCAAGUUUCUAUGAGAGAUGGCAGAGGACCUCCAAGACAAAUGCAGAAACGCAGAGUUUUCUUUGAUAAGGAUAAACGGAAUUUAGUAUGCGCCCAUUGUCAUAAGCAGGGGCACCUGAAGGAAACGUCCUUCCAAAUUCAUGGAACGCCUGAGUGGUACAAGGCGUUAAAUGAAAAGAAGAAACAGUCACGAGGCACCUUCAAUUUUGCAGGAAAUGUGGAUGCUCAAGGGCUAAAUAAGUCAGAUACCACUUUGGUGAAGGUUGAAUCACAAACCGAUAUUGCAAGUAUGACGGCGGAAUUUUUGAAAAUCAUGAAAGACCUGGGGAGUAAGCAUGUGCUAGCAAAAGGGAAGUUACACAAGAGACUGUACAUCUUAAGGUCGAAUGUGUGUGGAAGUCUGAAUGCUUCAACCUCAUCGAUUCUUCUUGGAAUAUGUACUGCAGCAGUUGAAUGUAGUGAUGUUCUAUGGCAUGCUCGAAUGGGACAUGCAUCUAUUGCGGUUAUUAAAUGCAUCCCAGCUUGUAACAUUUCUAGAGAAUCACAGGAAAUAAAAUGUGACAUUUGUCCUCAGGCAAAGCAGUCACGAAUUCCGUUUAAGAAUAGUGAUUCACGUUCUGCUGCUAUUUUUGAUUUGGUGCAUUUAGAUGUUUGGGGUCCAUACAAAACGCCAAGUUUAACGGGUUUCAAUUAUGUCCUAACGAUUCUAGAUGAUUAUAGUAGAUCGUUAUGGACGUAUCUUCUUAAACACAAAGAUCAAGUGGCAUCCACCCUACAAACGUUUGUAGCAUUGGUUGAAACUCAAUAUGAAACUAAGAUCAAAGUUAUUCGUUCGGACAACGGAGAUGUGAUAUUUCACGAAUUGACGUUUCCAUUUGCUAAGGAACAGAUUUUGGAUCGUGCAGACUGUCCCCUUCCUACAGUGACUGCUGGAACUAAGGAUAGGGACUCUGUUUCUCUUGAUUCAGCACCAAACGUGAUCUCAGUGCCACUUGAUUCAGAUUCUAUGUUGAAUGAUGAAAACUUGCAGGAUGAUGUCACUGCCUUGCCUCAGUCACAUUCUCAGAUGAUCCCACGAAGAUCAUCCAGAAUCUCUCACAGACCAGUUUGGUUGGAGGACUUCGUAUGCCAUCAUGGUACUCAAUUUCUGCAGCCAUUUUCUGCUGAUUUUAAAUCUUUUGUGGUUUCUUUAACCUCCCUACAGAAACCUCGGACUUUUGCUGAAGCUGCAAAUUGCCCAAACUGGCAAGAAGCUAUGAAUGAAGAGCUUAAAGCUUUGGAGAAUUAUCAUACCUGA